AGUAUAUUCAACUAACCUAUAGCAACGUUAGCAACGAGGCUGAUAUCGCCAUUGUAAAUAAACGUUCCAAGUUUUAAUUGCCCUAAAAUGGCACAAGGAGACCCAAUGAAAUGGCACAUGCCAGGAUGGAGGAUAGAGCAACGGUUUGCGCCUGGUGUAUUGAUAGGAAAUUGGGGCGAGGAAAGAUAUACAUUCAAUAAAGGGGAUACAAAACAUAACAGCACACACAGAGUGGACUUCAGAAACUAUGGCUCUUAUAGGCCUGAUGUAAUAGUCCGACGAAAGGCACUGAUGAGAAAUGAUGGGCUGGGACAGGAACACAUCUUCCACCAUCAUGGAGAUAAAUACACACAGAACCACAUCUCUUGGUAUGACGAACAUUACAAUGGCCGAUACAAGGAGAAUACCCUCCCAUCACUCCGAGACUGGAAUAGCCACAAGCUUUCUUGGGCUCCAGAAAAAUCAGAUCAUCCUAUUCAAGGAAAUCCCACUAACUUUGGACUGCAUGAAAAACUGCAAUCCAAAUGGAAGGAUCAGAUUGCAGAUGAAGUUAAGGGAGAUUACCUAUCAACCUACCAGAAUUCCUUUGUGGGACACCCUAAAGAAAAUCUGGUCAGAAACCGUUAUGCUUUCUCCAAAGAUAUGUCGACAACUCUGCAUCCUUACAACAAAGUUAAUAAGGACCUACACCUGAGAAAUGCUUGUGUCUUCAAAUCACCAGAAAAACUCCCUGAUCUAGUUUAUACAUAAGAAAUGAAACAACACUUUCUUAAAACUCCCCUAAAUUUUCUAUAAAUGUAAAGAGAAGUUUCAUUGAAUACUCAGUUAAAAUUUCUUUUCUGUUUUAUUUGCCCGCAAUUGCGAAACUUUCAUAUUGUCAUUGUAUAUGACAUUACAUUUAUUCCUUCAUCUGCUUUGUAAUGCCUCUCCUUUCUAUGAACCCCCUUCAGAAAUUUCCUUGUAUAAUGAUGCCUCUUUCAGGUUAACCUGUGACUGUUUUCUAGUCUUUGUUACUUAGUUUUAUAAUAGAUGUAUCUCUUUUAUAAGGCAAAAUUUGUAAUGCAUGUGUGCUAGUUAGCUGGCUUUGAAAAUAGAGAUCUUCAUAGAUGGUUUUACGGUAUUAAACAUCAGUAUUGUAUUGGUGCCAAUCCAGAUCUGCUGUGUAUAGUAUGUAUAAUAUGAAUCAUUUUGAUUGUUUUCAUACUCUAUAACUUUUACGACUUCAUCAUGAGUUAAUUUCGUGGGGUAUUUUGUUGAUUUGUUUUUUAAUUAAUUACUCCAAUAGAGUAUGGUUUGGAAGUAUUUUCUAUUAUGAAACCAGCCAUGACAAUUCCGAAAACCAGUUUAGUUUAAAUUUUGCUCAAUAAAAUGAUGUAUGCCAUGUCACUGAAUCAGUAUUUUUAUAAACAAUUAAGUAUUAUGUCUCGUCUGAGCAGAAAUGUACAUGUUUAAAUCAAAAUUGAUAGAAGGGUCGAUUUGUACUUCUAAAUACAAGAAAGAGGGACCAAAUCAUUCAUAUUAUGAAUGUAUUUAUAUAUAUACCAACAUUAUUAAUUCUGCUGAUUAAUCUCAUAUAUUAUAUAUAGAGAAAAGGUUUAAAAAACCCGAAUUAUUCAAAUACAGUACAUUUUAUAUAUAGAAUCUAUAUUUUUUUUACCAUUUAUAAAUGAUUUUAAACUGUAGAUUUUUCGCAUUUGUGAAGUUUACCAUUGUUUUGUAUUUCCACUCAGUAUUUAGAAACAUAUGUUUCAUUUUCCUUUACCAUGUUUUUGUGUCUUUACUGGUUUGUUUAAAUAUGUGCUUAAUGAACUGCACUCAUAAACAUUAAAAUUGUUUUCAUUA